AUCUACAGUGAAUCCUGCUCUCUUGAUCCGUAUGGACGAGGAAAGGACACAAUCUCUGCUUCAGUUCAUGGAAAAUGAAGGACUCAUUCCAUCUGCUGAGGAGGAGUUCAAGAGGAAAGAAGUUAUUUUGAAACUUAAGGAGAUAGUAUUGGCGUGGGUUAAGAAGGUAGCAUGGCAAUGCCGAUUUCCUAGGCGUCUUAUCAUGAGCACUUCUGCAACAAUAUUAACCUAUGGAACAUAUGGGCUGGGUGUUCAUGGGUCGGAGUCGGAUAUUGAUGCUUUAUGUGUUGGCCCUUUGUUUGCCACCAUGAACGAAGAUUUUUUUAUUGUUUUGCUCAAUAUGCUUCAAAACAGACCUGAAGUCUCGGAGAUCCACUGUGUUAAGGAUGCUAAAGUUCCUUUAAUGUGAUUUAAAUUCAAUGGG